UCAUGUCGACGGCAGCCUCUCCGACAAGAAGCUCACCAGGUCUUAUGUAAACGUGCUGAAGACUAACGAAUAUAAAAGGCAAGCACUGUCCCGUAUUACUGGAAAUCAGAAUCACCUCAGUUUUCUUUCUGGCUUUGUCCCAGCGCCAACGACUCAGAGAUCAUGGCUAGUACUCUUAUAACCGUCGCAGCAUUAGCUGCAAUUUCUAUUUAUCUGGUUACAGCCUCCCCCCUCAUGGAUACCCUCCUGCAAAUACCCGACUUAUCUACCUACGCCGAGGUGUACAACCUGACCGGCGGUAUUGUAGAGAUCAAUCCAUUGUUUCUCAAACGCUACAACUACGACGAAGACAAACGUAACUACACAUUCCUUGCUCCCACUAACGACGCAUGGGCCAAGAUUCCCAACGCCAUUUUCGAUAUCCUUAUGACCCAACAAGCCUACCCCUUAACCGAGGCCCUCCUGCGCACACACAUCAUCGAGGCUGGUCUCACAGCUUCUGAUCUUGUCAAGGUAUCUGAAAGUGAGGGUGCAGGAGGAAUAUCUACCUCACUCCAGGUGUCCAAUACUACCGAGCAAUACCACAACGGGGUUUUGACCAAAACAGUCCAGGGCUACUAUAUUGAUACCAUUACUUCCUCAAAUGGCACCGUACAAAUUGACGAUCAGUCCGCCAUCGUGACGGCAAAUAUUGUUGCAGACAAUGGUUUGAUCCAUGCCAUCGACCAGGUUAUUGACCCUUUCCUAAUUUAUGGUGGUGGACCCAGCAAUCGGACAACCGCACCGACUACCGAGACAACAGAUCUGACCAUUGGAGAGUUCCUGAAGAGUGACUCGCGCCUUGUGAACUCUACGAAGAUUCUAUUUGAAAACUCCCCAGAUACGUUACGUCGGUUGUCGAAACAGACAGGAAGUACGCAGUUCUUCGUUGCUCCACAAAAUGAGGCUUAUGAUCUGAUGCCUACUAUCCUUCCCAUAUUCCAUACUCUUGUCGCGCCAUACAAAAGCCCAUUCAACACUCUAAUGUGGCAAUAUGGCUGGCUUGACAGUGAUUGCGAUACCUUUGCGGGUCUGAAUUUCAGCAGUCCGGUCACAGUAGCUAGUGACAUUACAGGGCUUAAUAUCACUGUCACCCAAGAGGAGAAUGCCAUCUUCAUCAUGAAUGCAGGUCUCGUCACUCAAGUGAAGGCAGCCAAUGGGUACCUGUGGGUUGUGGAUCGGUGGUUGGAUCCACUGUAUCAGGCCUUUGGUCCCAUCGACCGAUUUGGUACACCAGAGUGGCCAUGAGGUUGGCGGUUUUAUUUGCUCUUAUUGGAGGUGUCUCAUAAUUGCUAGCCGAAAGAGGUAUUGGUUUACAAUGCUACAUAUUCUAAGCAUGACAUAUGUUAAAUGCUGAGUGACAGAAAUUAUUUCUGAGCUUAAUCAGUAUUGUUGCUUUUCGAA